UGCCAGUAUUCUUCUUUAGUGGUGAUGGCAAUAGAUAAGGCUACUGUUUCGGUGGUAAGCAAUGCUGGUAAUGAGCAGGAAGAGGACCGACCUAAAUGGGACAAUAAAUUUCAAUAUCUUCUGACCUGUGCCGGAUUCGCCGUGGGACUGGGAAACAUUUGGAGAUUCCCUUACCUCUGUCAGACCUAUGGAGGUGGAGCCUUUUUGAUUCCAUACAGCCUUGCACUGAUUUUCGUGGGGAUCCCUCUAUUUCACCUCGAAUUAGCAAUUGGACAGCGACUCCGGAAAGGCAGUAUUGGUGUCUGGAAUUCCAUCUCUCCAUACCUGGGAGGAGUCGGCAUUGCAUCGAUGCUGGUGUCCUUCCUGAUGGGAUUGUAUUAUAACACCAUCCUUGCAUGGGUACUCUGGUACUUUUUCCAUUCAUUCCAGGAUCCAUUGCCAUGGAAAAAUUGUCCCAAGUUAAACGACAAUCAAACAGAGUGUGAGCAGAGCACUCCUGUUGACUACUUCUGGUAUCGAAAGACCUUGAACAUAAGUAAUGACAUCAAUGUGAGUGGAGAGCUGCAGUGGUGGCUGGUAAUCUGCCUUGCCACUGCUUGGAUCAUAGUGUUUAUGUGCACUAUAAAAGGAAUUGAAAGCAUUGGGAAGGCUGUAUACAUCACUUCAACCUUCCCUUAUUUAAUAUUGUUAAUUUUCUUUGUGCGAGGGUUAACGCUGCCUGGAGCCAUCUACGGCUUAAACUACUUGUUUACACCAGAUUUGACAGUUUUGGCACAACCAAAAGUGUGGUUAGAUGCUGCCACACAGAUCUACUUCUCUUUGUCUUUGGGCUUUGGAGGAUUUAUUGCGUUCUCCAGCUAUAACCCACCAAAGAAUGAUUGUGAGGCAGACGCAGUGGGAGUGGCUAUUUUGAACAGCAUUACGUCUCUAUUUGCUUCUAUCCCACUUUUCUCUAUUCUUGGAUUUAAGGCAAAUGUGGCUUACUGUUCUUGCUUGGACAAGAAUGUAUUACUAAUCACAAAUGAAUUUGAUAUCCAAGAUGGAAGCAUUACAAGAGACAAUUAUGCCAGCUGGUUAGAUAACUUGAAUGACACCCAUCAUGACAAAAUAUCCAAUCUGGAUUUGAAGAAUUGUGAUCUUAAGGAUUUUCUGGAUCAGAGCGCAUCAGGCACUGGGCUGGCAUUCAUUAUCUUUACUGAAGCUAUCAUUCAAAUGCCUGGGUCUCAGGUGUGGUCCAUCCUAUUUUUCAUCAUGUUAUUCAGCCUGGGCCUGUCAUCAAUGUUCGGGAACAUUGAGGGAGUCGUUGCUCCUUUGCUAGAUUUGAAGCUGCUACCAAAAUAUAUUCCAAAGGAAGUGAUUACAGGCAUCAUAUGCAUGGUAUCUUUUGUGAUAGCUCUUACCUUCACUUUGGCAUCUGGGAAUUACUGGUUCGAAAUUUUUGACACCUUUGCAGUCUCUCUGCCUCUACUGAUCAUUGCUUUCUUCGAGUUCAUCGGGGUUGCCUAUGUAUAUGGUAUGGAUAAAUUCGGGGAUGAUUUCAAAUUUAUGACUGGACGCAGACUAAACCUUUAUUGGCGCCUGACCUGGAAAUAUAUCAGCCCAUUGACAAUGGUUUUAGUCUUUAUGGCUUUUUUGAUCAAACAAGUACAGGUGGCCUUGUCAUACGAGGCAUGGAACCCCAAUUAUGAUGAAUUCCCCCAGAAAGAAGUGAAGGAGUACAAAAGCUGGGUUGUGUUUUUCUGUGUCAUCCUGGCUGCCCUGCCCGCCAUAUCCAUUCUAGUUACUGCUCUGUAUCACUUGUUCAGGUCUAAAUUCAAGGCAACCAGGGGAGAACUCAAGAUCACCUUUCAUAAUGAAGCCUUUGAACAAUAGAAUGCAUUCCCUUGGCUCUCUGUUGCAGGACGAUCAAUUUCAAGAUCCUUACACUCACCUACAAAUCACCUUAUCCCCCAGUACCUCCUUACCUCUCCAACCCACACACACCUCACUCCUCUUCCUGCUCCCUUCAUUCAGCCAGCUCGGGCCUUCUGCAUGUCCGUUGACCCCUCUGGUCCACCAUCGACGACCGUACUUUCAGCCACCACACCCAAACUUCUUGAACUGCCUGCCUCAAUCCUUCUGCCUUGCCCACUCUUUGCUCAUUUUCAGAUUGCACCAGAAGACCUUCCUCUUUGACCGUGCCUAAGGUCACCUCUCACUUCUCCCUGGGCUGGCGUCAAACUCAGAACUGCUACCCUCCAUGAAGGAUAGUAUAUAAAGGAAAGUUGUUAUUGCUGUUGGCUAAGAUUCUAUUGGGAUCAGUUAAUCCACUGAACUGGUUUGAACCAAUAUCAGCUAAAUUCUAAACAUGAGAAAAUCAUUUUUGAGGGAUUAUGUAACACAUGCUGUAGAAUAUUUACUCUCCCAGCAACUAGGCAUAGGCUCACCUUCCCAAUGACAGAAAGUGCGUGGUAAUGUUUGUAGCAACACAAAUAAUUCCAAACGGUAAUAGUUUCACUAAAUAUUUAAAAUAUAUAUCUUGAAAAUAUUCAGCUUCAAAUAUUCAGCUACAAGCGCUCUGGGAUGCUACCCUGUGUGAGGGGCGCUAUAUAAAUGCAAAUUGUUAUUGUUGUAAAUGCAUACUUGACUCCGUAAUUCACACGCAGAUGAAGAUUUCCAAUGUGUUCAUCCAUUACUUCCAUUGUAUGUUUUUUUUUAAUCCAAGCACAGUAUCAGAAAACAAAUAAAAUGAAUGUGAUGGACCACGUCUGAUUUUGAAUGAUCAGCCAAUUGUACUUAAUCUAUUUUCACAGCUCACCCAGAUGAGACGUUGCAAAUGCUUUGCCUUUUUUUUUUAAGUGAAAUACUGUACGUAUUUUUUUAAACUUAAGUAAAUUACUGGAUAAACUAUUUUAUAUAGUUUAUAAAAAUCUUGAGGUUCAACCAGCA